AAGAGUGAACUUUUAAUUUGAAAUUGUUUGUUUAUAUUUUCAGAAAAUAAACACUUGAUAAAACACUUUAAAUUUGAUUUAUCGCGAGGACCACUAACGUUGAAGAACAUUGCACGAUGGGCUCGCAAUAUAAAGAUCUUAACAACAAUGCAUCGAAUAAAUCCCCGCAGUUUGGGAUCAUGUUUGAUAUCGAUGGGGUCCUGUUGAGAGGAAAGACUCCCAUCCCCCAGGCCAGCGAAUCUCUUAAAUCGCUCCUGGAUGAAACUGGGACACGAUUUGCCGUGCCAGCGGUAUUUUGUACAAAUGGUUUUGGACUGAGGGAAGUUAAAGCUGCUACUCUAUCGGAAAAACUCGGCGUGGAAGUAAAUCCGGACCAAAUCGUUAUGUCUCAAAAUCCUCUCGAAAUGUUUCACGAAUACCAUGACAAAUGGUGUCUGGUAUCUGGACCAGAACAUGAUGGAGGAAGCGUAAAAGUUGCAGAAAGUCUUGGAUUUCAAAAAAUCUUGACCAUAGAAGACGUACGAAAAGCGUACCCAUAUCUUGACUGGGUUGACAGAGCAAGGUGGCCGAAAGAAACGGUAGACGACGACGACAGUUUUCCCACAAUUGAGGCUGUUGUACUUCUGGGAGAACCUGUGAGGUGGGAGACCAACCUUCAGCUCAUUCUCGACGUUUUGCUUACAAACGGCAAGCCAAAUCGCCCGGGCGAAAUGAAUCAACGAACGCACUUGCCAGUACUUGCUGUGAAUAUGGAUCUCCUGUGGAUGGCAAAAGCACAAACGCCAAGAUUCGGCCACGGAGCGUUUUUGGUGUGUCUUGAAAAUCUCUACAAAAAGAUUACUGGAAGUGAUCUUGAAUAUACCGCACUGAUCGGAAAACCAAGUGAGGUCACAUACGAGUAUUCGCAAAAGCUGAUUGAAGAAAUUGCAACAUCAAUGAACAUCACCGAAUUGACGACAGUUUACGCCAUUGGGGACAACCCGCUUACUGAUAUUUAUGGUGCAAACAUGUUCAACAAAUUCUUACAACGAAAGAGGAAAGACAUUGCUUUCAAAAAAGAAGAAAUCAAGAAACAAAUGGAAAAACAGUUGACUAGGUCGCCAGUUAUGCCCCGUGCAAAACGAAACGGGAUUUCUGACAGAAGCGCAAAAAAGGCAAUUCGUCUUGCAGCUGACAAUCAUAUCGCUCUCCACGGCGACAUCACAAAUGUUCGUGGGGUGAACAGAUGCACUUCGAUUCUUGUAUGUACUGGCGUAUACAAGGCACCUGAGCCAGGAACAGAAGAAGCCGAGGCAGAUGUAGAUCACGGACACCGGGACCUACCGUACACCGCGGAAAUGACAAAAGCUGAUUACAUCGUUGAAGAUGUUAAGAAUGCAAUAGACACUAUUUUCAGAGUGGAAAAGUGGAAACCAUUGUAUGGUUAAAUGCCUUGACAAUUAUCAAACUUCACUAAGUGAAAGAAAAUGAUUUAGUAUUAUUACAAAACAAUGCCGUGAACUUCCAGGAGUGUAUAAAACACUUUUCGUUUGUGACUACUUUAAUAUAAUUUUAUAAGUUUUGCUGUACUGCUGUACUUUUACUUUAUAACGCAACGCCAAAAAUUCUCAACUAAAAAAAGGACCAAAACGGAUUUGUUUUAUUAAGAACGGCAAGCAGUAUCAAUGAUAUUUUCAAUCAAAUUGUUAUAUUAGUAUAUCUUGUCAAUCGCGCCUCGCCGUUUUUAUACUGAAUGUGAACCAGUCAAAUUUAUAUAAUAAUUUUGUGGUAAAUUAUCACUGUGUUUGUACUACACCAUGACUGUUCAUUAGAUCGAUAAAUUUGAAUUUGGGUUGCAUUCGAGCUGUUGAGAUACAUAUGAUAUGUGAUAUCCUAUGCUUCUGCAAUUUGUGAAAUACCAGUGUCAUUUUGCGGGAAAUGGUAUAAAGGUGUAUAUGGUGAAUGAGUUAAAAUUGAAAUUUGUGCUAUUUUUUCAAUUGUUUUUAUUUUUGAAAAUUUACUGAUUUCAAUACAUAAAAAAAUGUGAUAA